AUGGACCACAAAAAACAUUCACAGAAGCGAUCACGCUUAAAUAAAACUUUUGAAAUAAUAGAUUCAUCGAGUUUGGAUAACUAUUUUUCAGAAAAUAACAAUUCAAAAUCUUCAAAAAGUGCAAGUGAUAUAUCUAAACUGAGAUAUUUUAAUUCCAGCAAUCAAAGUGUAAGUAGGAAUCAUCAGACUGUGAAUGAUGACUCUGACAAUGAGGAAAAUUUUAACAAGAUUCCGAACAACGAACAGUAUAACAGAAGAGACUCAUCUAGUUCAGAAGAAACCGACGAGAAUAAUUCCGAUAAUGAUGUUCACAAAAGGAAAAUCAAACAAAGUAGUAAGGUGCUAUCUAAACAAGAAAAAAGACGUAAAAAAACAUCACAGAGGCGGUUGUAUAAUCAACGAGAAGAAAAACGUAUUUCGUCGUCUAGGAAUGACAAUGAAGAGGACAUUGACGAGGAUCGGGCUUCUUUAAAACGACAUCGUACUGUACAGACGGCAAGAAAAAAUUCCAAGCGUUUGAGAACAACAAAAUCGCGUAAUGGCAAAGAAAGUGGGAAAAAAGAAGGACGAGGUGGUACAAAAGAUAAUGAAGUACCAAUAACAGAAAUUUUACGGCAAGCUGAAGAAAAUCCGCGAAGACAGUAUGAAGAGCCGAAGCCUUUAACCCAGUUGAGCACAGAUACAAUUUAUGUGCAAGGUGUAAAUCGUUUUAGUGCCGUUAAGAUUCCUGCAGAACGUAUUACUCGAGGUCGCCGAGGUCCUGAUACAGGUGAAACUGCCAUGUAUCCAAUAAAAAUUGCAAUAUUGGCGCAAAAGGCUUGGAAGAAUGCUGGAUUUAUUUAUCAAGGUCUCCUUGCUGGAAUGGCAUUUAUUCAUUUUAUUUUAAUUCAAAUAUAUUUUAAACCGCUGAAGAAACCCAUUGAAGAUUAUUCAAUUAUUGCUGAAAUAUACACUAAUUUAUUUUCUUUUUUCAUUGUAAUGUGCAUUAUUUCUGCUUUUGAUAGGUUUGACUUGGCUCAUUUUGAUAUAGAACAUUUUAGAGGAUUAUACAACAAUUAUGCUAAAGCUAUGACAGAAAAUAUAACAACAACAACUAUCAGUGAUGAAGAACUUGAAAAUUGGAAAGCAAUAACAUUAACGAAAGAUGGAAUAGUCGUAGUAGCCUGGCUUUUAGUUUCAUUUGGUCCACCAAAUGAUAUGCUUUUAACUCACCUUAAGAUAGCAGCAAUUGAUUAA